AUGUCUAUGUUUAGAAACAACUGGAGAGGAUGUGCUGAUUGGAGAUCAGAAGGACUUCCAAUCGGGAGCACCACUUCCGACACAGCCGUCAAACUAUAUGACGCGGCCAUCACUCAAGAUUGGAGAUCAGAAGGACUUCCAAUCGGGAGCACCACUUCCGACACAGCCGUCAAACUAUAUGACGCGGCCAUCACUCAAUUGAUCGGAUGGUUUGAUGACCCGAACGUUGGAGGUCUGGUCAAGACUGUGGAUGACAUGCAUUCAGCGGAUCCUAAUUUCAUUUUGGGCCGGAGUUUCAGUUUGGGUCUGGAACUGAUCGGAACGGGAACUACCAUAAGACUGAACAAUGAUCUCAACACUCAAUUACAAGAUUUGGUUCAAUUGGCGAAUAAAAAUCGCGAUAAGAUUGAGGACCGGGAGUACCGACACGUGGAAGCGGUUCGCAAGUUUGCGAGCGGCGAUUGGAGCGGCGCUUCCGACGUAUGGGAACAGAUUCUGGUCGACUAUCCGACAGAUCUUCAGGCGCUUAAGUUCAAUCACGACGCGCUCUUCUAUUUGGGUAAAAGCACUCAAAUCCGGGAUUCAAUCGCAAGAGUAUUACCCGUUUGGAGAGACAGUUCCCUACCAUUGAAGAGUUAUAUUCACGGUAUGUAUGCGUUUGGCUUAGAGGAGACACUGCUCUACGAUCGGGCGGAACGGGAGGCCAAACUCGCUUUGGAGGCGAAUCGUAACGACGGUUGGGCGACACACGCCAUAUCACACGUGAUGGUAAUGGAGGGUCGGGUGGAUGAGGGCAUCGACUUCAUGAGCUCAACAGUGAAGGACUGGUCGGCGUGUAAUUACUUGGCCUGUCAUAACUUCUGGCAUUUGGCGCUCUUCCACAUCGAACGCCAAGAGUACGAAACGGCGGUUCAGUUGUUUGACAGUGAGAUCGGACGCCGGGCUCUGCAUAACAAAGCGAUGCUCGACUGCGUCGACGCCGCGUCUCUUCUCUACCGACUCGACCUAAUAAAGCCCAAAGAGUUUGUCACUCACGAGCACUGGGAGGACGUGUACUCCAUCAUUGAGCCCCAUCUCAAUGACCACAUCAUGGGCUUCAAUGACGCGCACUUUCUGAUGGCCUGUUUGGGCGCUCAACACACCAAAGAAGCGCAUCAGUUGAUCGAAACGUUUGACCCCUCCGUCAGUUCCGACUCUUGGAUUCGCGUAACUGUUCCACUGCUGGAAGCGAUGGUCGACUUUCACGAAGAGAGAUACCAACAAACGGUGGAAAAACUCAUGAAAAUCCGAUACGAUAUCAUCGACAUCGGCGGCAGCGAUGCUCAGAGGGAUGUCUUCAAUCAGCUGCUAAUAGUGGCGGCACUAAAGUCACCGCUCGACAGCCAUAAGCGGUUGUGUCAACGGCUGUGCGCCGAACGGCAGGCGCUCAACGACUCGCCAUUUGUUAACACUUUGUUAUCCGUUAAAUGAAAUUAAAAGCAAAUAAAUAGUUUUCAUAAUUUUUUAUUCAUAUUCUAUUGCAAAACAAAUUACAAUAAAAAAGCGUUCAAAGAGUGAACGAAAGGGGAAUCUAAUCGAAAAGACC